GACAAACUGCCUGGGAGCUCCUCCUCCCCUUCAAUCAGUGGUGAACCAGGUGGAACAAAUCUUCCAGGCAAUCUGGGCGUGCUAGUAACUGGCUCUGUUGUUGUCUUUAAACCGCAGUGGAAGAAGCAUUGAUAGCACCACAAAAUCAAGGAAACUUUAUCUUUGUUAUCAAAGUGAUUGUGCAAGACCAAGCCCUCCACAAAACUGUGAAGGACAGCCGGUUUUUCACCUGUUUACUGCGCACCAAAGAAUGGUUAAUAAAAGACAAACAACUGAUCCCAUGGCUGUUUAUUGAGUGAAAUCCAGUUAAGAUCUUCAUGUGGAGGGACUGUCCUUUUCAAGUGGGGAAUUGCACAAGAAAUAAGUCACAACUUGACAGUGAAAAACCGCUCUCAAGACUGGAGAAGGACCAGAAAAGUGAGACACGUGUCCAUAGAGACAAAUAAAGACUGUUCCCGCCCUGCUGUCGUGAUUGAAAUGGCUGAUUCAUUACUGUUGGAUCAGCUAAAGACCGCAAGGACAUCAGCGAAGCGUCAGUUUUCCCGUCUGGCCAAUAAUGUGCUACGAAUGCAUACAAUGAUGUUAGAAGAGGAGCUCAGAGACAUUUUUAAGAAGCUCACUGCAGAAGCUGAUAAAGUCCUGGAAGCCAACAACGAUGUAGAGGAGCAAUGUAUUGAAGAAAACUCUGAUGCAGAGGAGUUGAGUGAGCAGCAAAAGAAGGACUUGGUCAAAACAGCUAAUGAGUGUGAGAAGAAACUGCAAGAGCUAAAGGACCUCAUACAAAAGACAUUGUGGGCCAAUUUCGGGGAAUAUGAACUGACACAAGCAAUUACAACAGCAGAGUCGCAAGUAGAAAACGUGGGAGCUGUGGACCCAAGUAAAAGCCCAGAUGGAUAUCUCUUCAUGAUCGAGCAACUAGAGAAACUUUUGAAGGCUGCGAAGGAAGUGCAUAGGCAUUGGAAGUGCUGGGUCCCCCCAGCGGAGCAACAACAGUUCCAGAGUCGUAUCAAAGACCUUGAAACUAUCCUGCCAAAACUCACAAUAAGACAAGCUGAAUUUAUUGGGGCACACGUCAGAGAAGAAACCAGCAGAUUAAGUACUACUUCAAUCAGUCGUGUGACCACACCAGUAAUUAAAGUGAAGCCAGCUGCCCUCCCAAAGUUUUCUGGUAUCCGCCGAGAGUUUCACCGGUGGAAAAAGGAUUGGGAAGCACUCCAGAUGCAGGGAGAACCUACUGGAUCCAAAGAGAUUAAAAAGUACCAACUUCUCGACAGUGUGGAUGAGAAGACAAUACGAGACCUCCGCCUUACAACUUACACAACUGCUGAGGACGUUUUCCGGGUUUUGGAGAACCGUUUUGGAAAUAAGACAACUAUAGCCCUUGAGAUAGUAGAAGAGCUCCAAAAACUCCAAGCAGUUAAAGGUAAUCAGCCUAGGAGGAUUGUUGAGCUCAUCCAAUCUGUAGAAAAAGCCCUGGUCGAUCUGAAUGAGCUUGGCAGGACUGGUGCUAUAAAAAACCCUCUUGUAACAAAAACAAUAGAGAGUAAACUUCCUGAUGGCCUGAAGAAGGAAUGGCUUCUUCAUGUAGCUGGCAAAGCUGAUGAAGCUGAAGAAGACAAGCGUUUUGACUACCUCUUCAAGUUUCUUCAAGGUCAAGAAGCCAUCUAUGAGAAGUUGGACCAACUGAGAGAGGAGGAACCAAAGCCAAAACCUGAACCUCGACAAGCUCGAACCAGGACUUCCACCCAAUUGAGCAACCAGGCUCAAGGAUGUGUGGUCUGCGGAGACGGCAAGCAUAAGAAGAGGAUAUACUUCUGCCAAAAGUUUCGCGCGCUUAAACUGUCAGAGAAAAGAGAUGCUGUUAGGAAGCUGGGAGCCUGCAAAAAAUGCCUGGAGAUUCACAAUGAAGGUGACUGUUGUAAAUCAGAGUUUCUGUGCAGGAGGCCAGACUGCAGAGAACAGCGUGCUGCAGAACACCAUUAUUAUCUGUGCCCGAGAGCUGAUGCGUCCAAAGGGAAUAUCGUCCAGAGGUCCAACCACAACAGCAAAGUAGGAGGUGACACAAGAGAGUGUUACACCCAAGCCCAAGAAGAGUUCAUCAAAAGCCUCUCACCUGAACUUGCAGGGAAGUGCCGCGAUGCAUUUUGUAACUCUAUAGCCAGAACCUCUCUUGUAUCUAACCAACCCAGUCUUCUAGCAGAGAAUGGAAUCGUGGAGUGGCCAGUCAUCAUGAUGCUCUUAGAGGUCACGGCAAAUGCAGGAGAAAAAGUUGGGACCUUGAUCGACCUGGCAUCGGAUACAAAUUACAUAACUCAUGAUGCAGCUGAUCGUUUGAACCUUAGAAGUGAAGCCAUAACCCUUGUUGUCCACGGUGUGGGAGGAAUGAAAGUUCAAGUUACCACAAAACGGUACCUCCUAAAGCUCCGGGUCCGCACAGAGCAAGGCAACUUCAGAUCCCACCAACUCCUCUGCUAUGGUUUGGAUGGCAUUGCAGAUAUCCACAAACAUGUGACAGCCAAAAAACUCCAAAAGUUCUUUCCAGAUGUCCCCCAAAAUGAACUUGUGAGACCAAGACAGAUACAGCUUUUGAUGAGCCAUAAGGAAGGGCGACUGGUCCCACAGAAAAUACGCACCGUUGGGGACCUUGUACUAUGGGAUGGGCCAUUGGGAAAGACAAUUGCAGGGACACACCCUGGUUUGUUUGAAGAAGCUACAGUUACGGCACACCAGUCCAGAGCGCACUUUGCCAGGUCAAUGAGAACAGCAGCAUUGAUGUAUGAGGAACAAAUUUGCGACAAACCUACCAUCAAGUCUUUUUGUUCUGCUAUUACCACUCGGGAUUUUGUUGAGUGGUGGAGAUGGGAUAGCAUUGGCGCCCCCUGCACCCCAAAAUGCGGAGGAUUUCGCUGCGGAAGUUGUCAACCUGGUGGCAAAGAGAUGACUCUGGCUGAAGAAAGGGAGCUGGAAGUUGUAAAGGGUGGCCUGACUUCUGUUGGUGCUGAUGACCACAGUGAUAGUCCACACUGGCAUGCAAGAUAUCCAUGGCUCAUGGACCCAUCUACAUUGCCAAACAACAGAAAAGCAGUGGAGGCAACCUUCCUCAGAACAGAGAGACAGCUCGCCAAAGAACCGCAGUGGAAAAAAGCCUAUGGUGCUCAAGUCCACGAAAUGGUUGACCGCCGGGCUGCAAGGAAGCUGACCUGA